UCCCACACAUCCAUUACCAGCUACCUCAUACACGUUGACUGCAUUCUUCGUACCGUCCUUGAUUUGUACCUUAGCGCUCAACAGAGAUUCAACAUAAUGGACACACCCUCAGCAGCGAAUGACCACCCCAGGAAGGCUUUCGGUUGGGCGGCUAGAGACCCCUCCGGUGUCCUUUCUCCUUUCAACUUCUCCAGAAGGGCACCUGGAGAGAAAGACGUGGCUUUCAAGGUCCUGUACUGUGGGAUUUGCCACACUGAUCUUCACAUGGUAAAGAAUGAAUUUGACCUAACAGUGUAUCCUGUUGUACCUGGACAUGAGAUUGUUGGUGAAGUGACAGAGGUGGGGAACAAGGUGACCAAGUUCAAAGUUGGAGACAGAGUAGGAGUGGGGUGCUUGGUCGGAUCAUGCAGCUCCUGCGACAAUUGCAACAACAAUGUUGAGAUCUACUGCCCUAAAAUGAUAUUGACCUAUGGUUCCAAGUACCAUGAUGGAACCAUGACAUAUGGAGGUUAUUCAGAUACCAUGGUAGCGGACGAGCACUUUAUAGUCCGCAUUCCAGAUAACCUGCCACUUGAUGCUGCUGCUCCCCUUCUUUGUGCUGGGAUUACAGUGUAUAGUCCACUGAGAUACUAUGGACUUGAUAAGCCUGGCGCCCAUCUAGGUGUGGUUGGCCUAGGUGGGCUAGGCCAUGUAGGAGUGAAAUUUGCUAAGGCUAUGGGGGCGAAGGUGACCGUGAUCAGCACCUCUCCUAACAAGAAAAAUGAAGCUAUUGAAAACCUUGGUGCUGAUGCAUUUUUGGUCAGUAGUAACCAAGAUGAGUUGGAGGCUGCCAUGGGCACCUUGGACGGUAUCAUAGAUACAGUCUCUGCACAACACCCCCUGCUUCCAUUGAUUAAUCUCUUGAAAUCUCAUGGAAAGCUUGUGUUGGUUGGUGCUCCAAAGAUGCCACUUGAACUACCAGUCUUUCCUUUGAUUUUGGGGAGGAAGUUAGUGGGUGGAAGUAGCAUAGGAGGAUUGAAGGAGACACAAGAGAUGAUUGAUUUUGCUGCUAAACACAACAUCACUGCAGAUAUUGAAGUUAUACCAAUCGACUAUGUGAACACUGCCAUGGAGCGCCUGUCAAAAGCAGAUGUCAAAUACAGAUUUGUAAUCGACAUUGCCAACACAAUGAAAGUCAGCUCUUGAAUUUCGAUGCCUUUUCGCAGCAUUGGGUUGUUAUGUUCUUCUACUUCUGUUGUCUUUGACUCUUUCUAUUGAGUUUUGUAAUAUAAAGAAAUGUCUUCUGAGAGAUGGCUUUCCAUUUUUUUUCGCCAACGGAAUAAUAUAUUGUGAUAUAUUGCCUUGGAAUAUAGAUUUUAAAUUCAG